AUAAUAGACUUAAUAGUCUGCGUGUGGUAAACGCCGAAACUCCUCACCAAAAGCGAAUAUAAUUGUGUGCCCUUUCUUCAUAGGGGAAGGAGAGACAUAUAUCUGUUCUGUGGAGCGGAACAAGAUACGCACUACACAAGAACGAUAGACCUCGCUUGCCCUAAAGCUCGACUUCACCAUGGCUGAUCCUGAACUAGAAGCGAUUAGACAAAGGAGGAUGUAGGAGCUUAUGGCUCAGCGUGGAACGGGGAAUCAGCAAAACUCUGAGCAGCAAGGUGCCCAGGAAGAAGCUAAAAGGGAGGCAGAAGAGCGAAGGCAAAUGAUGCUUAGUCAGAUUUUGUCUACUAAAGCACGAGAAAGAAUUGCCCGAAUUGCUUUGGUCAAACCUGAGAAGGCAAGAGGUGUUGAAGAUGUUAUAUUGAGAGCUGCUCAGAUGGGUCAGAUAGUUGAGAAGGUUUCUGAAGAGAGGCUUAUAUCAUUGCUGGAGCAGAUUAACAGCCAAACAACUAAACAGACCAAAGUCACGAUCCAGAGGCGUCGGAGUGUGCUUGAAGAUGAUGAUUAGUUCAGAUAUGUAUGUUGGCUUAUAACUUAUGUCUAUGACGUUUUAUGGCCGAUCUUUAUGUUGAUUGUAUAUUAAUGUGAAAGGUCUUUGUUAGUCCUUGUCACAUUCUCCACUGUAUUUUCCUUGCCCUACUUUGUAGCUAUGGCCAUCUCCUUUUCCCCUAUCUUUAUCAAAAUGACUGUUGUUUGAGUGAUAUAUCUUUACUGGAAUUCAUGCAUCAAAAUAUAUAUGAAUGUGAAA